AUGAGCUUUGACUUUAGCAUCGGCGAUAUCAUCGCGGUGUCGCACCUGGCCAACAAGGUCCGCAAGCGCUUGGUGGACUCGCCUGAUCAAUUCAAGGCUGUCUCUGAUAACGGGCUUUCUAAAUCGACAAAAGCUGGUGUAGAUCUAUUGAACAGACAUCAAAACGAGCAGCAUCUUCAUGCAGUUGCAGAAUGGCUGUCAACUUCAGACUAUCCUUCACAGCAGACCGAUCUCUUCAACCAAUGUCAGGAAGGGACUGGGCAAUGGCUUUUUCAUUUGAAAGAAUUUCAAGCAUGGCUUGACGGGACCGAGUCAACGCUUUUCUGUCCCGACAUUCCCGGAGCUGGCAAAACGAUGAUAACAUCCAUCAUGAUAAACAACCUUCAGCAACGUUUCCAGGGCGAUAAGAAGGUUGGCAUUGCUUAUGUCUAUUGCAAUUACAGACGACAGACGGAGCAGACGAUCCCCCAUUUUAUGGCAAGCCUGCUCAAACAACUAGUUCAGCAACAGCCCAACCUGCCUGAAUCAGUCAGCACUUUCUACUCCUGA